AUGGCGGCCAGGGACCGCUUCAGUGCCUACGUUGAGCCGGGUCUGUCACCGUUGCAGCGGGCAAUUCGAAAUGCAUGCGACCCACAGAACUACGAGCCCAACCUGGCCCUCAACCUUGAAGUGGCGGACUUGAUCAACUCGAAGAAAGGCAAUGCACCCCGAGAAUCGGCAUUCGAAAUUGUCCACUUCAUCAACUCCCGGAAUCAGAAUGUCGCGUUGUUGGCGUUGGCGCUGCUCGAUAUCUGCGUCAAAAACUGCGGGUACCCAUUUCAUCUCCAGAUCAGCACAAAGGAGUUCCUGAAUGAAUUGGUCCGGAGGUUCCCUGAGCGGCCGCCCAUGCGAGCCUCGAGGGUCCAGCAUCGCAUUUUGGAGUCGAUCGAGGAAUGGCGGCAGACCAUCUGCCAGACAUCGCGGUAUAAGGAGGACCUGGGAUUUAUUCGGGACAUGCAUCGGCUGCUGCUCUACAAAGGCUAUGCAUUUCCCGAAGUUCGUCACGAAGAUGCCGCCGUAUUGAACCCGAGUGAUAAUCUUCGCUCUGCCGAGGAGAUGGAGGAGGAAGAGAAGGAAGCACAGUCCGCCAAGCUUCAAGAGCUGAUCCGGAGAGGUACUCCGGCAGAUCUUCAGGAAGCAAACAGGCUCAUGAAGGUCAUGGCGGGAUUCGACAAUCGACACAAAACUGACUACCGGGCGAAGGCAGCGGAGGAGGUGGCCAAGGUGCAACAGAAAGCCAAGAUUCUGGAAGAGAUGCUGCAGAACCAGCAGGCUGGGGGAGGUCCUCCCGAGGGCGAUGUCUUCGAGGACCUUGCAAAUGCUCUGCAAAGCGCGCACCCAAAGAUCCAGAAGAUGUGCGAGGAGGAAUCGGAUGACCCCGAGGCUGUCAAUAAGUUGUUAGAGAUCAACGACAGCAUACAUCGCACGAUUGAGCGGUAUAAGCUUGUUAAACAAGGCGAUUUCGAUGCGGCUUCGAGGAUUCCCAAGGGCACAUUGGGUACCACGACUGGCGUAUCCAAGAAUGCGAACAACGAGCUGUCUCUGAUUGAUUUUGAUCCGGAGCCCAGUUCAAAUGGCAACGCACCCGAGGCAUCUCAGGGUGGAAGCGCAUUAGAAAAUGACCUGCUCGGUCUGUCAAUGGAUGACCAGGGUCCAGUUCCUGGCGGUGGGAUCUCGUUGGGCCCUUCCAUGAAUGCCCCUCCAAUGUCGUCAGGGCCGUCGGUCCCUGCUCCAUCAACACAGCUCGCAUCGCAGGCGCCGGCGGCAUUCAAACCCAACUAUGAUAUCCUGGCUUCCAUGAACUCAUCGCGGCCUACCUCUCAAUCUCCCACACCUGCCGCCCGGGCAUCACCCCAGGCCCAGUCUUCGUCGACUCCGCCACCGGCUGCUGACCCGUUUGCGUCGUUGGUUUCUGCUAGCCCGCGGGCCACGGCCAGUCCCUUCCAACCCCCGGCACCGCAGGGCCAAUCCACCCUCGCCUCAACAGCUCUCCUUGAUCUGGCCGGGGGGACAAGCCCGGCGCCAAUACCUGCAGGACAGGCCACGGCUGUUGAGGAUGACCAGUGGAACUUUGCGUCCUCUCUGCCACCCAGCAACGCUCUCCCCACCACGAACAAGAUCCAGGUGUUGAACUCGCAGCUGCGUGUUGAUUUUAUUGCCCGGCGGGUGCCCGGUCAACCGCGCCAGAUUCACAUCGCCGGUGUUUUCUCCAACGCGAGCAACCAGCCGAUCGGAGAGCUGCAUUUCCAGGUUGCAGUAGAAAAGUCCUACACACUGCAGCUUCGACCGCAAUCGGGCCGAGAUAUUGCUCCUCUGCAGCAGAACGGCGUGCAGCAGGAGAUGCUCCUGGACGGCAUCGACACGGGUAAAGGCAACUCGGUAAAGCUUCGGUUCAAGGUAUCUUACAAGAUCGGUGGCGAGGCCCGCGAGGAACAGGGGAUGGUGCCAUCGUUGGGCAUUUCCUAG